AUGGAGGACAGAAUAGAUUUCAAUAUUAACGAAUCGCUCAAAUACUACUUGAGCGAUCCCGCGACGGUACCAACGCCUGACGCUGAGCCGGAGCUGUAUGAUUGCGAAAAUGAGACCGAAUUACUUUCGUCAGCCCUUAUUGAUGGAGUUAUCGAUCCCAUUGUUGAUAGUGUCGCCGCGAAUCCUGAAAUGCUGAUGCGGCCGUCUUUUUUUGACUCGCUUCAAGUUCUUCUGAAAUGCUGCACUGUUUUACCGUCGAAAAGCUUGAGCAAGAUUCUCGAUCUGAUCGUGUCCGGUCUUGCCGUAGAAGCCGACAUCAUCCAUAGCGACCUGGAGGCAGACGAACAGGAAGCGGUACAACAACAUAAACAACUACUCGAAAUGUACGGAUUUUUGCUGCAAUGGGCUCUCUCCGCGGUCGAAGUCAAGGCCGCCGAAAAGCCUGCUACAGCAAUCCCGGCUCGUCGCUCCGGAAAAUCAGGCAAAUCGAAACAGUCCAGCAAAGAAGGAAAUUGGGAUUGGACACCACAGAUACAGAUAUCCAUGGAAACCAUGUGCAAAGUGCUGAAAUUGAAGUUGGGAAAGAUUUUCUUGACAACCUCCGACCGAGACACCUUCGUCAACCUCUUUACUCGAUCGGUAUAUCUUUUACUGGAGAACGAACAACGAGUGAAGAAUAUGGCUAUUCGAAUGCAUGCUUUCAAAGUCUUGUGCAUCGCUGUAAAGCAUCAUGGCCAUGCUUUUGGAGCUCAAACCUCCAUUGUACAGAGCCUGACUUAUUUUGAGCACUUAUCUGAGCCGAUGGCAGAAUUCCUUCAUAUUCUUGCAGAACAAUACGACUAUACACAAUUGGGCGAUGAAAUUUUAAGAGAGCUUGCGAAUAAGGAAUUCAACAGCAAUGACACAAGGGGCCCCAAAUCAGUCUCUGCUUUCAUUGUAAAGUUGUCAGAAUUAGCCCCACGAGUGGUCAUCAAACAGAUGACUCUUUUGGCCAAGCAACUAGAUAGCGAGUCAUACACGCUCCGUUGCGCUAUUAUCGAAGUGUGUGGGAACCUGAUUGCCGACCUUAGCAAAGAGGAAGAGAGGGAUGGCAGCUCCAAGUCGCAGAUCAAUGCAUUCUUUGAUGUUCUGGAGGAACGAUUUUUGGAUAUCAACCCCUAUUGCCGUUGCCGUGCGAUUCAGGUUUACAUGCGUUUGUGUGAUCUGGACCAGAAAUUUCCUAAGCGACGACAGAAAGCGGCCGAACUUGCAGCCAGAAGCCUGGAAGACAAAAGCAGUAACGUUCGGAGGAAUGCCAUCAAACUACUCGCAAGGCUUGUGUCCACUCAUCCUUUCAGCGUCAUGCAUGGUGGUCAGCUAGCACACAAAGAUUGGACGGCACGUCUGGAAGCAGUUGAAGCUGAAUUGGACACUCUUAAGCCUCCACCAGAGACCCCGGGUCUCGGCGAGACACACAUAGACAGCGAACUAUUGGACGACGCAACGCAGCUUCCGGAUGAAUCACCCUCGAAAGCACCAAAGAUGACUGACGAUGAAAGGACUGUUGCCAUGCAGAAAGCUGCCGAGGAGGCUGCAACAUCGGAAUUACUUGCAAGACUGCAAUUGACGCGAAAAUACUAUCUUGAAGCCCUUCGCUUCAUUCAAGUCCUCCAUUCGGCUUCGCAAAAUGUGUGCCAACUCUUGUCCGCCCGCAACAAGAGUGAGGUCAUUGAGGCUAUGGAUUUCUUUGUGGUUAUCGAUGCAUACAAAGUUGAGACCUCGAGAAUUGGUAUCCGACGAAUGCUACGUCUUAUCUGGACCAAGGGAAACAGUGACGAAGGAAAGGGUGUCCAAACACAUUUGAUUGACUGUUACAAAGGUCUCUUUUUUGACGCGCCUGAUAGUUUCAGCGCGAACGACGCUGCAAAUUACAUUGCUCGCAACAUGAUUAGUUUGACGUUUGGCUCUACACAGGCAGAGCUUACGUCGCUUGAGCAAUUGCUGAGUACCAUGAUGAAGUCUGGACUUAUUUCAGAGGCCGUUGUUGCCAAGCUCUGGCAGGUAUAUAGUGUGCAGAGAAGAGAGAUAUCUAGGGCGCAGCGACGAGGGUCGAUUAUUGUGCUGGGAAUGCUUGCACUUGCUGAGCCGGAUAUUGUUGUGAGAGAAACGGAGGCAAUGUUACGAAUCGGUCUGGGCGAUCUCGGACGUUAUGACCUUGUGCUUGCACGAUAUACCUGCAUUGCUCUCCGACGAAUGACACCUGGCCGUCAAGCGAAGAGCAAGGAAAGCGGCGUUGCUAAGUUGCCCAAUGACCACCCUGUACUAGCGAGAUUGGCUGCUAUUACAGAAAUCUCGUCCGACAGCAAGGAAUGGUAUGGCGUGGCCGAGCAAGCGAUCAGCGCAAUUUACGCCCUCUCGAAACACCCAGAUGUGUUGUGCUCUGAUAUUAUCCGGCGAAAGACGAGAGAAGUUUUCCAAGCUACUUCACGUCAAUCUGCUAGUCAGACAAUGGUUGACAGUGGAGAACGUCCUGGCACAGCUUCUAGUGAAACUUCAUCCGGAAACAAAUCUUCGUCGUCAGGUCUAUCUCAGCUGCUAUUCAUCGUCGGACAUAUUGCCAUCAAGCAGAUUGUCCACCUUGAGCUCUGUGAGCUCGACUUCAAGCGGAGAAAGGCAGAGCAGGAGAAGAACAAGACAGCCAGCAACGACACCCAAAAGAGCGAUCAGGCAGACGAUAACGAGCUAGAUCUCAUUGGCGGAACGACCGAAGAUGAUUUCACUGAAGCUAUGGCACACGUACGAGAGCGAGAACUCCUUUAUGGAGAGAGCUCUCUAUUGACCAACUUCGGCCCAUUAGUGACUGAAAUCUGUGCCAACAACAAUGCUUACCCGGACCCUAACCUCCAAGCCCAAGCAACACUAUGCAUGGCCAAGUUGAUGUGCGUCUCUUCGGAGUACUGCGAGAAGAAUCUGCCGCUUCUCAUCACCAUCAUGGAACGUUCCGAAGACCCUAUUGUCCGCAGCAAUGCCGUUAUUGCCUUGGGCGAUAUGGCAGUCUGUUUCAAUCACCUCAUCGACGAAAAUACUGAUUUCCUCUACCGACGUCUCAACGACGGCGAAGCCUCUGUGAAACGUACCUGUCUAAUGACAUUGACCUUUUUGAUCCUGGCAGGUCAAGUCAAGGUCAAGGGACAACUGGGUGAAAUGGCCAAAUGUUUGGAAGAUGAAGACAAACGCAUCGCAGAUUUGGCGCGCAUGUUCUUUACUGAAUUGGCUACCAAGGAUAACGCUGUCUACAAUCAUUUCGUCGAUAUCUUCAGUCUUUUAAGCUCAGAGCGCAAUCUCGAAGAAGGAUCACUCAGGCGGAUUAUCAAGUUCCUUGCCGGAUUUGUCGAAAAGGAAAAACAUGCAAAACAGCUCGCCGACAAACUCGCCGCGCGUCUCGCCCGCUGCGAAACAGAACGCCAAUGGAACGAUGUGGCAUAUGCAUUGUCCUUGUUGCAACACAAGAACGAGGAGAUUACCAAGACCAUCGGUGCUGGGUUCAGGGUGGUUACUGCUGCUGCUUGA